AUGAGGAGGAACACGUCGAUUUUUCACUCAUUGCGUGAACUAAAGAAUGAGGGGAAGAUUUUGUUUUUAAAUUUUUUUGUUGUUUAUUUCGAAGAAGAAAAUAUUUGUUGUCAAUUAAAUUUCCCAAAACUUCAGAAAAUUCUCGUUCCUCAGCCAAACGUUGUUCUAAUUUUCUGAGUGAUUGUUGAACUACAAUUGCCCCACCAGAACCAUUUUUAUUUUUUGAAUUUUGUUUAAUCCGAAUAGAUUGAUUUAAAAUAGGUUUAGGACGGUUUCUUUUGAGCAUUGGCAUUGGAAGAGAAGCGAGACAAAGUUCGGCC